CCGCGGGGCGGCGGCAUGAAGGUCACGUCGCUCGACGGGCGCCAGCUGCGCAAGAUGCUGCGCAAGGAGGCGGCGGCGCGCUGCGUGGUGCUCGACUGCCGGCCCUACCUGGCCUUCGCCGCGUCGAGCGUGCGCGGCUCGCUCAACGUCAACCUCAACUCGGUGGUGCUGCGGCGGGCCCGCGGCGGCGCCGUGUCCGCGCGCUACGUGCUGCCCGACGAGGCGGCGCGCGCGCGGCUGCUGCAGGAGGGCGGCGGCGGCGUGGCGGCCGUGGUGGUGCUGGACCAGGGCAGCCGCCACUGGCAGAAGCUGCGCGAGGAGAGCGCCGCGCGCGUCGUGCUCACCUCGCUGCUCGCCUGCCUGCCCGCCGGCCCGCGGGUCUACUUCCUCAAAGGAGGUUAUGAGACGUUUUACUCUGAAUAUCCUGAGUGUUGUGUGGAUGUAAAACCCAUUUCACAAGAGAAGAUUGAAACCGAGAGAAGUCUCAUCAGCCCAUGUGGGAAACCAGUGCUCAACAUCAGCUUCCGGCCGGCUUAUGACCAGGGUGGCCCUGUUGAAAUCCUUCCGUUCCUUUACCUUGGGAGUGCCUACCACGCGUCACAGUGUGAGCUCCUCGCCAAUCUGCACAUCACAGCCCUGCUGAACGUGUCACGGAGGACCUCGGAGUCCUGCACCACCCACCUCCACUACAAGUGGAUCCCCGUGGAAGACAGCCACACGGCCGACAUCAGCUCCCACUUCCCGGAAGCAAUAGAUUUCAUUGACUGUGUCAGGGAAAAAGGAGGCACGGUACUGGUACACUGUGAGGCUGGGAUCUCGCGUUCGCCCACCAUCUGCAUGGCUUACCUCAUGAAGACUAAGCAGCUCCGUUUGAAGGAGGCAUUUGAUUACAUCAAGCAGAGGAGGGGCAUAAUUUCCCCCAAUUUUGGCUUCAUGGGCCAGCUCCUGCAGUAUGAAUCUGAGAUCCUGCCUUCCACGCCCACCCCACAGGGACCCUCCUGCCAAGGAGAAGCAGCCAGCUCUUCCUUUAUAGCCCAUUUGCAGACACUGAGCCCCGAGCUGCCCAGCUCCUACUGCACAUUCCCUACCUCAGCGCUGGCACCAGUGCCCACCCACUCAACCGUCUCCGAGCUCAGCAGGGGCUCCAUGGCCACUGCCACAUCCUGCUAAAUCUGGGCUGCAAGAAGCUGCCCAGCUCCAAGAACAACUGUGAUUUUGUUUUUUUAAACUCGUGGACAUUUCAUACCUGUGCAAUACUGAAGACCCCUCACUCUGCCCUGUGGUUCCAAUGGCAUAGUGAGUGGUCACCAGGCUUGCAAAUGAACUUCAGACAGACCUCGGGGGGUACAUUCCCGGGACUGAAGGAAGGCCAAGCCAUGAUGCAAGCACAGCGUGUGCUGACUACUGUACUUCCAGUGCCCUGCCCUAGGACUGCCCAGUCCUUGCACCUCAGAGUUCGCCUUUUCAUUUCAAGCAUAAGGCAAUAACUACCCCACUUCCACGGGGGAUAGGAAGCAAUUGCUCGACUGCGAGAAAAGGCAGUUUCAAAGCCAAUGCAUUUUGAAGGAAGCACAAUUUCCACCUUUUUUUUUUUUUGUCACAUUGGCAGUCUCAGUAUCUGUCUCUUGCUUUAGGGCAUAAGCUUGAUCAUUGCAUAAUCAGGACAAGAACCUACUGGGUCCGAGAAAGGACCAACAAAGACUCUGACUUGAACCUUUAGAUAUCAUUCAGAUACCACAGCCCUGCCCCUUGUUGAGUUUCAUGGAAGUGGUUGGUUGAAGUGGCAAGGCACUGACUGCCUCUGAGUCUCCUUGUCACUGUGGGUUCUAACCUAACGAACAUUGGGUGUUUUUAUUCAUACUUGAACCUUUCUCAUCACAUCUCUCCUCACAGCAACUCUUGUGUCCUCUCUGCAGAGAGUUCUUCAACCAUAGACCAAAAAUCAGCCCUUUGAGGUGAUGGCAGUGGGUGCCAGGGGAGAGAGAGAAAAAACCUCCAGUGUGGCAUCAAAAGGGUCAUUUCCCCAGCUUGCUGUCCUUAAGUGUGCUGGCCUGUUUCUUGUGAACCCUUGUAUCCUUCUCUGCCCUGGGGGUCAUCUCCAAGCUGUUAAUUUCAGGAGUUUUCCCAUUUCACCUUGUGGUACUACUACUUUUUUGUAUAUAGGUUAUUAUCUCCAGGGGAAAUGGCAAUAAUUUCCUAAAAUCCAUAUGAAUGUGAAGAAAAGCAGUAUAUUACUGGUUGUUUUUUUUUUUUUUAUAUAUAUAUAUAGUGAAAAAUAAAAAUGGCAAAAGAAAAGUAAAGCGCU